AUGUACACAGCAUCGUUUGCCUUUUUCGAGGCGAUAUGGGAGGCAGGCGUCACGCACUGCUUCGUCAACCUAGGCUCGGACCAUCCCAGUAUUAUCGAAGCUAUGGUAAAGGGACAGAGGGAGGCUAAGGGUAAAUUCCCACGUAUCAUUACAUGCCCAAAUGAGAUGGUAGCGAUGUCAAUGGCCGACGGCUACGCGCGUCUGACGGGUAAGCCACAGUGCGUCAUUGUCCACGUCGACGUUGGUACGCAGGGCUUAGGAGCCGCAGUCCAUAACGCCAGUACUGGACGCGCACCGGUUCUAGUCUUUGCCGGCUUAAGUCCUUUCACGCUUGAGGGAGAGAUGCGCGGAUCGCGGACUGAAUAUAUCCACUGGAUUCAGAAUGUUCCCAAUCAAACCCAGAUCAUCGGUCAGUACUGUAGAUAUGCAGAGGAAAUCAAGACGGGCAAGAAUAUUAAGCAGAUGGUCAACCGCGCCUUACAAUUCGCCACAAGUGCUCCCCAGGGCCCGGUUCAUCUGGUGGGAGCGAGAGAAGUGAUGGAAGAGGAAAUCAACCCGUAUUCGCUAGAGCAGAAUGUUUGGGACUCGGUUGAGCUGGGUGGUUUGCCGCCAAAAGCUCCUCAGCAAAUUGCGGAAGCAUUACUCGGUGCUGAAAAUCCGUUGCUUAUCACCGGAUACUCGGGUCGAAAUCAUAAAAUACCCGCUGCUCUAGUAGAGCUUGCUAACACUGUGAAGGGAUUGCGUGUACUUGAUACAGGUGGUAGUGAUAUGUGCUUCCCCGCGUCCCACCCCGCUUGGAUCGGCCUUCGAUUCGGUAUCGACCCAUGGAUAGAGAAAGCAGACGCGAUUGUAAUAUUGGAUUGCGACGUCCCCUGGAUUCCGACAUUAAACAAACCGAAGGAUGGUACAAAGGUUUUCCACAUUGACGUUGACCCCCUAAAGCAGCUCAUGCCGCUCUUCUAUGUACCGGCUCAACAUCGAUAUCGCGCGGAGCCUCUACUCGCAGUCGAGCAGAUCAUCUCCGAAGCCAAAAGUCAGGCUUCAAGUAUCGAUACAGCAGUUGCUACGAAGAAAUGGGAGGCUCUUCAGGCAUCAUACAAGGAACGCCUGGAUACCAUAGCAUCCAAUGCAAAGCCAGCCGAGGACGGUUCCUUCGGCACUGGGUAUCUCACCAAAACCCUACGAUCCUUGUGCCCGCAGGAUACGAUCUGGGCCAUCGAAGCGGUGACAAAUACCGCAUUCGUGCAUGAUAAUCUCCAGCCGGAGCUACCGGGUUCCUGGAUCAACUGCGGUGGAGGUGGCUUGGGAUGGUCUGGUGGCGGUGCAAUGGGAAUUAAGUUGGCAACAGACGCGGAAAACGGUGGAAAGGGCAAAUUUGUCGUGCAAAUCGUGGGCGACGGCACGUUCCUAUUCUCCGUCCCCGGCAGUGUAUACUGGAUCGCCAGGCGCUACAAUAUCCCGGUAUUAACCAUCGUAUUAAAUAACAAGGGUUGGAACGCCCCUCGAAAGUCGAUGCUCCUUGUACACCCGAACGGUCUAGGGUCAACAGCAACGAACGAGGAAAUCAACAUCUCGUUCGAUCCCGUCCCAGAUUACGCGGGUAUUGCCAAGGCGGCUGCUGGAGGCGACUUGUUCGCGGCGAGGGUUGACAAGGUAGACAAUCUUGAACGUACUAUCAAAGACGCCAUCAAAGCGGUCGAAAGCGGUCAGAGUGCUGUCUUGGACUGCAAGGUCAAUCUUGGAUCUUAA